AAACUCACAUUCUUUACAAUGUCGGUUUACUCAAGGUAUAGCUUGUUUUUGGUUGACUUUUAGCUCAGAAAGUAUCAAAUUUUACGCUAAUGAAAAUUUCAGGGAUGGGCAAAAUCCUUUCUAAGUUUUGCAACCAUAACUCAGGGAAAAUGAAAAUAUUUGAUUUAUGUUCUUUCUUUUCGAAACCUUUCUUGGCCAAAUAAUAAACAGAGUAAAAUGGAUAACAGCUAACUCGCGUUCAACGUGCGAGUCGAAUUUACGCGCGCGAAGUAGCGCGCGAAGUGUUGGUCUUCGAGGGAUAUCUGACCGAGGAGGGUUGGAGGCUAAAAAGCUGCUUGGAUACAACAUGGCGUCCGUCGGUGACUUUUAGACUUCGCAACCAUUGAAAACAAUUUUCCACUUUUCGUUAUGCUACUUUUGGUCCAGAUUAUGUCGUUCUCUCUGAUAUCAUGUUCUUCUUUGAUGGGAGAAGCUUAAGGGGAUAAGAUCAACAUGCACUGAAAGUUGUUCAAGUUUUAACUCCCUGCAGCCAAAAACAAACAUUAAUGAUGUCCCAAAAUUUGGCAGUGGAUUUAAUGCUGAGAACUUUGAUGAAUUCUUCGGAGUUCAGGGAGUCAGAGAGCAAAAACUGGGAAGGAGUAGCGAAGUUAAUUCCAGGAAGCACGCCACAGCAGUGUGCCAAAAGGUGGAAAGAAAUCCAGCAGACCUCAGCACUAAGUACGAUUAAUCCCUCCCUGAUGCAUUCAUCUGUUGGUUCCAAAAACCUUUCCAGCUUCCUCAACUCUGUCCUGCAUUUUGCUGAUGAUAAAGAAUCAGCAAGUGUGACAGCAACACAGGGGACGAUUAGAACAAACUCUCAACCAGCUACCAGAGAAGCUAACUGUAUAGAGGAACAAAGUGCUGCUGAUCAUGAUCCAGGCCAUGAAAGGACAUCUGAAGUAACAUCUUACCAGGAAACUGGCAGAGAAUCUAAGCAGAGGCCGAUUCCCAGGCAGGCUUCAUCAGCCAGAUCACAGGUUUCUAGUAUAGAGUCAUUGCAAGGGCCUAACAUGGUGAUCCAUGUGUGUGAUGAAAGCAAGAACUUGAAACAGGACUUCACUUGCCCAAGGGAUCUGCUGAUAAGUGAGAUGAGAUAUUUUGCGGAGUAUCUGUCAGUGGAAGCCCAGAGAUGGGAGGAGGUAGAUAUUUCUGUGCACUGUGAUGUACAGAUAUUUGAUUGGCUGAUGAAAUAUGUCAAGAGACGGCUUCAUGACAAGAACAAGUCGACAUCUGAAGAAAGAAAACCCAAACUUGAACCAAAUAAUGUCAUAUCUAUCUUGAUAUCAUCAGAUUUUCUAAAGAUGGAUGCAUUGGUAACUGAGUGCAUUGACUUCUGUCAUCAGAAUAUGACGUCUAUUGUAGCCACACCCUGUAACAUGAACUGCAUCAAUGACAAGCUCGUCACCAGAAUGGCAAAGCUUUUUAAUCACAAUGAGCUGGAGGCAAUUAAGGAUCGCAAGGAUAAAUUUAAAAGCAAAUUGUUUUGCAAGAAAAUAGAGGAGUUGUUUGAUCCAAGACUAUCAUCAAGUUCAUCGUCAAAUGCUAGCACCUUGUUUAGGUGCAUUGCUUGUGGAAAGCUUCUGACUGCAGAAUCACAAGGCAAACUCAGAUGUGUUCCAAACAGAAUGAUGGUAAAUCACAGAGGAAAGGUGUCUUAUGUUCAUUCACGAGAUUUUAGUUGGGAUGUAAAUGAUUACCUCCUUGGUUUACGUGAAGAAGUGAAAUCCUGGAAAGAGGUUUACUGGAGAUUAUGGGGCACAGUGAAUAUUCUCUACUGCCAUCGGUGCGGUGAUUAUUUUCCUUGCACAGAGCUGGGUCACUGUAUUUAUCACCCAAUGGCUGUGGAUUUUGGAAACAUGGAGUGUACGGCUACUAAGAUAGUUGGGGUGUACCCGUGUUGUCAGCAGCGAGUCCUGCAUUUUGAUCCGUCUUUAGAGACAUCUGGAUGCUGUGUACGUGAUCACAAACCGACGUUAAGUUCCCCUCAAUCAACCGCAGCAGAGAGCAAAACCAGUGCAGAUGAACCAGCUGACGAGAAAACAGACAAAGACAUUACAACAGAAAAUAACGAGGAACACGCGCAGGAAAAUACAGGAGAAGAAAAGAGCUCAUCUCAACCAGAGAAAGACAAACCAUCAGAGAUGGAUGAAACUUCCGAGCAAGUUCCAGACAUCCCUCCGGCAUCAGAGUUGUCAUCGAAUAAGAAUUCAGCCUCACAAGGACAGCAAAAGAUCACCAAUAACCCAGCGGUAGUGGAGGAUUUGUUUGCGCAUAGGAGCGCUAUCUGCGUGCCAUACCGCAGAUUAUCAAGUGCAAGGUCUGCUGAAUUGAACGUGUUUGGUGUGGAGGAGAUCGCUUUAGCGAGCAUGCACGUCCGAGAUUUGGAGACUAAUACUAGUGCGUUAUCGGACAUGAUUGACCCAAGUGACCGAAAAGUGUCUGAAUUUCCGACGUACUUACCCUCUAUCAGGCGAAGCCGCAGUCGAUUGGUUCACCGAGGCUCACUGAGGAAGAUGAAGCUUCAGACAGCUAAUAAAGAGGACGACUAUGAUGUGGGAGAAGACGAGGACCAGCCUGAAUCUGAGGAUAAUGACUUGGAUCAAAAACUCUCUUCCCGAGAAAAACCACGGCCUCCAAGAAAAGUCACGUCCGCAUCCAGAAAAGAUUUCAGCACGUUUAAAAGUUACAAGUGGGAUUCACAACGAUCUGCGAGAUGGAAUCAAGACGCACAACGAGAAGAAGAUCAAAAGCGCAUGACUGAACUGGUGUCUUAUUUGGCACGACAGCGGGCUCACACUCCACAAGAGAAAGUCGAUAAUAAACAAAAACCCAAAGAAUUCCUAGGAGGUAUUUUCUCCAAAUUAGAUAAUCAAUUCCGCGCCUCACAGCAAGCAGUGGUCUCUAAGACGCAGUCUGGCGGGCCACAAACAGGAUCCAGUCAAAGAAUUCGGAAGAUACCACUGAAGGUGACCACGUGAUAUUAAACAACCAAGUGCAAUUUGAAGCUUGAACGAUUUUAUUUGUUUGUGAUGGUUUUCAGUUUUAUAUUGAAGACCUUUUAACGCUCGUGUAAAAAUACGUUGUAUUCUUUAUGAAUGUGUACAAUAAACGUCUUUUUUUGGUAUUUCGUGGCAUUUUUUUCUUUGAAAUGCUGUAUGCGGCUUGGCCCCGCCUUGGGCUCGUUUCACGAAGGUCCCGAAAGGAUUCCGCACCCAGAAAGCCGUAGCAAAAUCUCAAACCCUAUAAUUACAGAAUUGUUU